CGAAACAACAAGAGUAACUUGCCGUCAGGCUUUAUAAGUCACUGAGGGCAGUGUAUAGCAAUUGUUGCGAAAUCUAUCUGUUCUUCCAGCGACAUCCAACGAGGAACCAGUUUAUCCACUGUUUCGAAUGCGUCUUGUGGAAGUGACUAUUUCCCGCGGAAAACGCCAUGGAUUAUAUACAAUGCACCCAUCAUACGUCAUAUCCGGCCAUUCAACAAUACAACCAUAGUGGCCGGUCGGUUUUGAUCACCGGCGCGUCACGAGGAAUAGGAUGUGCUAUCGCUAUAUCGUUCGCGAAGGCAGGCGCUUCUACUAUUGUCCUAGUAGCGAGAAGCAACCUUGAUGAAACUGAAGACAACAUUGUGAAGGCAGCGGCGGCAGCGGGCCGUCCUAUACCAAAAGUGCUUAAGCUCAACUUCGACAUCUGUGAUGAGACCAGUGUCACUGCUGCUGCGAGAGAUAUCGCACCCAAACUGACUUCCCUUGACGUCCUGGUUAAUAAUGCAGGUUACCUCGAGACCUGGCGACCAAUUGCAGAGUCCAACCCUGCCGACUGGUGGCAUUCAUGGGAGAUUAAUGUGAAAGGUGCAUAUCUCAUGAUGCGCACUUUUGUUCCCCUUUUGCUUCAGGGAACCCUAAAGACCAUCAUCAAUAUAAGUUCUAUUGGCAUUCUUUACCGGUCGCCUGGCUCCUCUGCGUAUCAGACAAGCAAGCUCGCGUUGUUGCAAAUGAGUGAGAUCGUUUCAAAUGAAUAUAGCGAGCAGGGGUUGGUCAUCUUUUGUUUACAUCCAGGUGGAGCGGCUACAGAGCUUGCGUUGAGGAUGCCGGAGGCUCUCCAUGAAUACUUGGUUGAUGAUCCGUCCCUGGCAGGCGAUACGAUUGCAUGGUUAGCCCAGGAGCGGAGGCCGUGGCUCAACGGCCGCUUUAUCAAUGCUAAUUGGGAUAUGUCAGAGCUUCUGCGGAAUAGGAAAGAGAUAGAGGAUGGUGACAAGCUGAAGUUGAGGGUGGUUUUCUAACCUAGAUGUCUAGCUAGAUAUAGCUUUUAUCUUCGCUUAUUCGCAUGCGUCGUGUCGCAAUCGUCAUACACACUAAACACACGAGCUACUUCACAUGUGGUUAUUCAGG